CUCAUGCUUUGAACAAACUUACUCAGCAACGCGUGCAUAUGGUACUGUACCUUUGCCUUUAGAUCACAUGCGCGGGAAACAAUGUGUUAGCUUUGUUUUCUCUCCAAAACAUUUUCCUAGGACUAAUGCGAGUAUUCUAUCUACAGUACUGAAUCACUAUUAAAUUGUUUAGGUUACUGUACGAGAUCUGAAAGCUUAGUACUUUGAUACUUCACUGUCUUUCACGCAGAUUGUACUUGUGACAUUUUCGCAACAAACUGGCAGAACAGUAGUAUUAAGAUUAGGAAACUUAUAACAAGCAACGAACGCUUGCACAAAAUAUUGGGUAAUAUCUGAUUGAGGUGAAUCUCAUAUCCUUCAUAAGCUGCACUCCAAGAUAACGCAAUGUACGACUUACGAAUACUCACAGGGCAAUAAAACCAUACAAUGAGUCUCCGAAAGCUAGGAAAACUAAUUCUGGUUUGCAGCCUCGAUAUUUACAAAUUUUUAAUACGGAAUGUCAUCCACCGUGAAAUUAAAUUACGUUUCUGAAACUACAUUAAAUAUAGGUCCAACAAGUUUUUUAUUGCGGAAAGUCACGACAAUAGUGAUUUCAAAUGCAUGGAAAAUGCUACCAGAAGUGUCAAAACAGCGCACAGAAACUUAAUGAAACAAAACAGUAUCGCAAAGACAAAUUUCAGUGUUAAGUUGCAAUCGUUUUUGUAACCGUUCUUGUAACUACGAAAGCUGUUUAACUACAGGUUCCAAUAAUUCAACAUGUGUGACGAAGAAGUUGCUGCUCUCGUUGUGGACAAUGGAUCCGGAAUGUGCAAGGCUGGCUUCGCCGGCGAUGAUGCACCAAGGGCCGUAUUCCCUUCAAUUGUUGGUCGCCCAAGGCAUCAGGGAGUGAUGGUGGGCAUGGGACAGAAAGAUAGCUAUGUUGGUGACGAAGCCCAGUCUAAGAGAGGUAUCCUUACUCUGAAGUAUCCAAUUGAGCACGGAAUUGUCACAAACUGGGACGACAUGGAAAAAAUUUGGCACCACACCUUCUACAACGAGCUUAGGGUGGCGCCCGAGGAACAUCCCGUUCUUCUGACUGAAGCCCCAUUGAACCCCAAGGCAAACAGGGAGAAGAUGACUCAGAUCAUGUUCGAAACUUUCAACACCCCAGCCAUGUACGUAGCUAUUCAGGCCGUGCUCUCCCUGUACGCCUCUGGUAGGACAACUGGUAUUGUGUUGGAUUCUGGUGAUGGCGUUUCGCACACCGUGCCAAUUUAUGAAGGUUAUGCCCUGCCCCAUGCCAUCCUCAGAUUGGACUUGGCUGGCCGUGAUUUAACAGACUACCUGAUGAAGAUUCUUACUGAGAGGGGCUACAGCUUUACCACCACAGCUGAACGCGAAAUUGUAAGAGACAUUAAGGAGAAAUUGUGCUAUGUUGCACUAGACUUUGAACAGGAGAUGGCUACUGCUGCAUCCUCCAGUUCUCUAGAGAAAUCCUAUGAAUUGCCUGAUGGCCAGGUAAUUACCAUUGGUAACGAGCGAUUCAGGUGCCCUGAGGCACUGUUCCAGCCUUCAUUCCUGGGUAUGGAAGCAAAUGGUAUCCACGAAACUACCUACAACUCUAUCAUGAAGUGUGAUGUAGACAUCAGGAAAGAUCUGUAUGCCAACACAGUACUUUCUGGUGGUACUACCAUGUACCCUGGCAUUGCUGACAGGAUGCAGAAGGAAAUCACUGCCCUUGCACCUUCUACCAUGAAGAUAAAGAUCAUUGCUCCACCUGAGAGGAAAUACUCAGUCUGGAUUGGAGGUUCCAUCUUGGCAUCUCUUUCCACCUUCCAGCAGAUGUGGAUCUCUAAGCAAGAAUAUGAUGAAUCUGGUCCAUCAAUUGUCCACAGGAAAUGCUUCUAAGCAGUUGCCUAAUUAUUUUGUUCAGGUGAAGUAUUUAUACUUCUAUCAUGCCAGACCAUUUCAGGCACCACCAGGUGUGGCCAAAAGACUUUCUUUAUUGUAUUAUGUUGAACAGUUUAAACUCCUUGUAUUAUAAGAUUCGAAGUGUUUUCGUUACAAUUUACAAUUGAGGAAGGUAGGCUGCAUUUUUCUAUUUAAGAAUCACCUCAUUAUAUCCUGGUGUUUCUGUGACUGAGUAACUGAAAUGUGAUGUAUAACUUGUGUUAAAAUUGAAGAAAGUGGAUAAGCUUCCUGUACCAGAAUGUAAAUUUCUUAAUGUUUUGUAUUUGAAAUGACUUUUGUAUUGCAUUUAUUAAGCAAUUCACAAGUUGUGCAAGUUUCCUUUCUAAGCAACUUGGCAUUGUCUUGAGAUUAAAGAUGUGCUGAGUAAAUGUCAAUAGCCAAAGUAUUAACUUAUUCCCAUGUGCAGACAAGAAAUUAGUGGGAAAAUAAAACUUAUUUAAAACAUGAA